GUCAAAGCCAGCCAGCAUCUGAGCCCAGCGUAAGAACUGGAGCAACGGUGGACGAAGGAAGGGUCGGCGGUGUUGGAAUAUAAUUUCAAUAUUCACAAGCACAGACGGUGUGUGUGCAACGGAAUAGUCUUCGACAUGCAAGCGAAGGUCUUCCAUUUGGGCUCUGGAAGCUGAAGCGUAUUGGAGACCGGACCCAUUACGGUGGGAUAAGCCAUCUGUGAUACACAGGGUGUGCACAGCGCAAUAACGGUGCGAGCCAACCGGUUAUUGCAUCGACAGCUAGCUCGCAUUAACCCAGCCAGCCAACCAUUUUCCAGAGCCCCGUUAGCUUGCGGAGAAGGGAGCAUCUUCGUCGGUGAAUGCUGCAAAGGGGAGUCCUGCAUCUGAUGGUACCCAAACAGUAAGCUACAAAAAAGAGGCAUGCAAAGAGGGGUGUUUUUCUGGAGGAAAUCUCCACGCCCUGGGUGCUGUUCUGUGGUUAGCUAGCUCGCUGGCUAGCUAGCCUACCGGGAGCUGAAGAGAAGGUGGGGCCGCGGAGUGACAGCCUAGCUAAUGUGGCUAGCCGGCUAACUCGGACACUAGAGUGGCUACUUCGUUUUCCUGUCACUGACAUUUGGAGCUUUACAUUACCAGGAUCGUGCUUGUUGGGACAGUAAAACCCCACCAUUGCAUCCUCUAAAUUCCGUGUGGGUGGGCUAUCUUGAGGAGAGCAUCCUCGCUUACCUAUAUGACCAUGGCGGACGACGACGUGCUGUUCGAGGAUGUCUACGAGCUGUGUGAGGUGAUUGGCAAGGGUCCCUUCAGCGUGGUGCGGCGCUGCAUCAACAGGGACACGGGCCAGCAGUUUGCCGUGAAGAUCGUGGAUGUGGCCAGCUUCACCUCCAGCCCUGGCCUCAGCACAGAAGAUCUGAAGCGAGAGGCCAGUAUCUGCCACAUGCUGAAACACCCGCACAUCGUGGAGCUGCUGGAGACCUACAGCUCCGACGGCAUGCUCUACAUGGUCUUUGAAUAUAUGGACGGAGCAGACCUGUGUUUCGAAAUUGUGAAGAGAGCUGAUGCUGGAUUUGUGUACAGCGAAGCAGUGGCCAGCCACUACAUGAGGCAGAUUCUGGAGGCGCUUCGGUACUGCCACGACAACAAUGUGAUUCACCGCGAUGUAAAGCCUCACUGUGUGCUGCUGGCCUCGAAGGAGAACUCUGCUCCAGUCAAGCUGGGAGGAUUCGGAGUGGCAAUACAGCUGGGAGAGUCUGGUUUAGUAGCUGGAGGUCGAGUCGGUACUCCUCACUUCAUGGCUCCGGAGGUGGUGAAGAGAGAGCCGUACGGCAAGCCGGUGGACGUGUGGGGAUGUGGAGUCAUCCUCUUCAUCCUCCUCUCCGGCUGCCUGCCUUUCUACGGCACCAAGGAGCGAUUGUUCGAAGCCAUCAUCAAGGGGAAAUACAAGGUGUCUCUACUCGUGCAGAUGAACCCCCGCCAGUGGGCGCACAUCUCGGAGAGCGCCAAGGACCUGGUGAGGCGCAUGCUGAUGCUGGACCCCGCCGAGAGGAUCACCGUCUACGAGGCCCUCAACCACCCCUGGCUGAAGGAGAGGGACAGGUAUGCCUACAAGAUCCACCUGCCUGAGACCGUGGAGCAGCUGAGGAAGUUCAACGCCAGGAGGAAGCUGAAGGGUGCAGUGCUGGCAGCCGUUUCCAGCCACAAGUUUAACUCGUACUAUGGAGACCCUCCAGAGGACCUCCAUGACUUCACAGAUGACCCCACCUCCUCAGGACUGCUAGCUGCUGAAAGGGCAGUUUCGCAGGUUUUGGACAGUCUAGAGGAGAUUCAUGCCUUGACGGACUGCAGCGAGAAAGACAUGGACUUCUUGCACAGCGUCUUCCAGGAUCAGCACCUCCACACCCUGUUAGAUCUCUAUGACAAAAUCAACACCAGGUCGUCCCCACAGAUCAGAAACCCUCCGAGCGAUGGAGUGCAGCGCGCCAAAGAGGUACUGGAAACGCUCUCCUGUUACCCCGAGAACAUGGAGGCAAAGGAGCUCAGGAGGAUCCUCACACAGCCACACUUCAUGGCUCUGCUGCAGACCCAUGAUGUGGUGGCCCACGAGGUGUACAGCGACGAUGCGCUGAGGGUGACCCCCCCACCAACAUCCCCUUACCUGAACGGAGACUCCCCGGACAGCACCAACGGAGACAUGGACCUGGAGAACGUGACCCGGGUCCGCCUGGUCCAGUUCCAGAAGAACACGGACGAGCCCAUGGGCAUCACUCUGAAAAUGAACGAGCUGAACCACUGCAUCGUGGCGAGAAUCAUGCACGGCGGAAUGAUUCAUCGACAAGGGACUUUGCACGUAGGAGACGAGAUCCGAGAGAUAAAUGGCAUCAGCGUCGCCAAUCAGACGGUAGAGCAGCUCCAGAAGAUGCUGAGGGAGAUGAGGGGCAGCAUCACCUUCAAGAUUGUGCCCAGCUACCGGUCCCAGUCCAUGUCUUGCGAGAAAGAGUCACCAGAUGUGUCCCGACAGUCGCCUGCUAAUGGACACGCUAGUGUCACCAGCUCCAUCCUGGACCUGCCAGCGACGAUCCAGCCCAAAGGCCGCCAGAUCUCAAGACCUGCUAUCAAGGACAAAUUGUCCAUCAAGAUAUACGUCCGCGCUCAGUUCGAGUACGACCCGGCCAAAGACGACCUCAUCCCGUGCAAGGAGGCGGGCAUCCCCUUCCGCGUCGGGGACAUCAUUCAGAUCAUCUCCAAGGACGACCACAACUGGUGGCAGGGAAAGUUGGAGAACACCAAGAACGGCACGGCGGGACUCAUCCCCUCGCCUGAGCUGCAGGAGUGGCGUGUGGCGUGUAUAGCGAUGGAGAAGACCAAACAGGAGCAGCAGGCCAGCUGCACCUGGUUUGGUAAGAAGAAGAAACAGUACAAAGACAAGUACCUGGCCAAGCACAACGCAGUGUUUGACCAACUAGAUCUGGUGACAUACGAGGAAGUGGUCCGAGUGCCAUCUUUCAAAAGGAAAACACUGGUGUUGCUUGGUGCACAUGGAGUCGGCAGGAGGCACAUCAAGAACACGCUCAUCACCAAACACCCCGACCGCUUCGCCUACCCCAUCCCUCACACGACUCGGCCUCCCAAGAAGGACGAGGAGAACGGCAAGAACUACUACUUUGUGUCUCACGACCAGAUGAUGCAGGACAUCAGCAACAACGACUACCUGGAGUACGGCAGCCACGAGGACGCCAUGUACGGCACCCGGCUGGAGACCAUCCGGCAGAUCCACCAGCAGGGCAUGGUCUCCAUCCUGGACGUGGAGCCGCAGGCACUAAAGAUCCUCAGGACGGCUGAUUUUGCGCCCUACGUGGUCUUCGUCGCAGCUCCCACCGUCACCCCGGGCAUGACUGAGAUUCCAAAGUGGUGCAAGAAACUGCCUGACGACUCCCUGCAGCGGCUGCAGAAGGAGUCCGAGCUGCUGCAGACCACCUACGCUCACUACUUCGACCAGACCAUCAUCAACAACGAGAUCGACGACACCAUCCGCCUGCUGGAGGAGGCCGUGGACCUGGUGUCCACCACCACCCAGUGGGUGCCCGUCUCCUGGGUCUACUGACACACGCUUUACAGCAACUAGCUCCACCCCACCCCCCCUCACGUCCACCGUCCAUCCUUCGUGAUGCUACACUGGGGUCAAAUCCCCCCCCCCCCCCUCCCAAUCACCACUCAUCUCUGUAGACAAACUGUGGUGGACAAAGAGAAGACACUAAAGACUCUCGCUGCAGAGACGCCAUCCUCCAUCGACAGCCUUAAAGGCAUAUUGUUGUGUACAUAUAUACAUAUAUAUAUAUAAAUGAUAAAAAACUAAGUGAAUAUGUCCUAGUGGAAGGCUGGGGGGUGAGGAGAGGAGGGGAGGGCAGCAUUGGUAGAUAUUUUGUACUUUUUGUUUUUGUAAUGGACGGACGGGUGGCGAUAUUGGAAAGGCAAUAGCGAGCAUGACCAUAAAGCAGUCUUAUGUGGGUGUGUGUUUUGACCUUUUAAAGGCUCUUCUCGUGGUACUCUCUGUGUCCUCCUCUCCCACAACCUCCCCCCCCAAAAUCUCCUCGGCCACUGUGACAAACAGGCCGAGCUUUAAAGCACAUCAGAAGCUGCUACAGUGGCGACAAGUAUCUCCCUCGACUCCCAAGGCAAGCGUGAGAGAAGCAGAAAGCACAGGAAACUUGGCAGUUUCUCCCUCCCUCCUCCCUCCCCCCCCACAGCCCUCUAUUUAUUUCUCUCUCUCACUGCCCCCCGUAUUGCUGUAGUAUCUUCCCAUUCCCUCCUUUCCCUCUGACGGCCUUUGUUUACAUCUGUUUGCACAAAAAAUGGACAAUGAAGAAGAAGACGUGUACUGCUUUAUAUUUACUCCCCCCUCCGUACAGCGAAUGGACCUGGGUGAUGGCCCUCGGGGCACGAUCGGCUAUGAAGAAAAGCACUUGCAUCCACCGCUAAACGUGGCUUUUGAACUGGAAAAUAAAACAAUAACAUUAAAAAGCAGAGGAGGAAGAAUCAUCUGCCUUAUCAGAGCCUCGGGGAAGGAGUCUGUAACACCUAUGCACACCCCCGCCAGGCAGACCACCACCUUCCUCUUUCUUUAAUAGUGAGCCAUGCUUGUUUAAAUAAAGUGUUCAUAGGAAUGUCUUCUGUGGAAGGGCAGGGAGUUAGGGAGGGCCUCGUGUGGGCGGGAUAAAUCCCAACCCUAGAGCCGCCAUUUUGGAACUGUUAACUGUCGUCUAUAAAAAAAAUAUAAAGGAGUAUUCUUGUUUUGAGAGACAAAAAAUAACUCUACAUUUUUGUGUGUAAAUGUUUCAAUGGUGCGUACGUCAUACGAGUGAAUUACCAAGAGCCAGUGUAUAUUAACCCUUCAAAAGAAGCUCGGUAUGUGACAUAACUUCUCCACGCUUUGCCGGAAGUGGCCCCGCCUGCAGCCGGCUGAAGGGUCGAUGUGAUUUCUAAAAAAUAAAUAGGUCCACAUUUACACCGUGCAAUGUGGCGGCCGUUGUUCCACUUCAAGUAAAGUGUGUUUUUUUUUUUUCCAUUUCAAGUCCUGUGUAAAUUACCUCUGCAAAAUGACUAACGCAGCUCUUCUGUAUGAAAUGUUCUUGUUCUUUUUUGUUAUUUCAUUUUUCAAAAAAAUAUAUUUCCUUUUACGUGUUUAAAGUAA